GUUUGGACACAGCUGAUCGUCCCCAGCUAGACAAAAUAAAGCAGGCCAGAGCAGCAGGACUCCCUCACAAGUUAUCACCCCCGGGGAGCGAGAGAGCCGCCAGGUGCAAAGCACGAAAGGCCGCGGUGACAGGAACCAGGAGCUCCUCUUUCCUUCCUUCACCAUGGACGCCUUGACAGCGGCGACUUGCUAACGUUAGCGAUCUCCCGCUUUGACAUGGAGCGAUGGCAACAACAACAGAAAGCAGCUUAAAUGUCAACGUUGUUGCUUAUUAAAAGCUGUCCGUCACCAUGUCCUGCUCCGGAAACCUGGUUUGGGAUGUAAAUAAACGCCUCAUCGGAUACAGCGAGCCCAACAGCAUCAGGACUAACUAUUUAGGUAGAAGAGAGUUCGUUCAGAGGCUUAAACUCGAAGCAACGCUGAACAUACACGAUGGCUGUGUCAACACAAUAUCGUGGAACGACACAGGUGAAUACAUCCUGUCAGGGUCAGAUGACACCUUCCUGGCCAUCACCAACCCGUACAACAAAAAGGUGAAAAAGUCAAUACGGUCCGGUCACCGCGCCAACAUCUUCAGCGCAAAGUUCAUGCCCCACACCAACGACCAGGAGAUCAUCUCCUGCUCCGGGGACGGAAUCAUCUACUACACCCACACGGAAAAGAGUGCCGAGUUCAACCGACAGUGUCAGUUCACCUGCCAUUACGGCACUGCCUAUGAGAUUAUGACGGUACCAAAUGACCCCUACACUUUCCUGUCAUGCGGGGAGGACGGCACGGUGCGAUGGUUCGACCUCCGCACAAAAACCAGCUGCACUAAAGAAGACUGCAAAGAUGACAUCCUGAUAAAUUGCCGGAGAGCUGCGACAUCCAUCUCCAUCUCUCCCCUGAUGCCCUACUACCUAGCGGUGGGCUGCUCCGACAGCUCCGUGCGCAUCUACGACCGACGCAUGCUAGGCACCAGAGCGACGGGUAACUACAUGGGCCGGGGCACGACAGGCAUGUGCGUGAGGUUCGUGCCCACCCACCUGUCCAACAAGUCAUGUCGCGUGACGUCUCUGUGCUACAGCGAGGACGGCCAGGAGGUGCUGGUCAGCUACUCAUCCGACUACAUCUACCUGUUUGAUCCCAAAGAUGACCAGGCCCGAGAACUUAAGGGGCCCUCGGAGGAGAGGAGGGAGGAGCUGAGGCAGCCGCCAGUGAAGCGCCUUCGUCUACGAGGUGACUGGUCAGACACCGGACCCCGAGCCCGUCCCGAGAGUGAAAGGGAGAGAGACGGCGAACAAAGUCCCAACGUCUCUCUGAUGCAGAGGAUGUCUGACAUGUUGUCACGCUGGUUUGAGGAAGCCAGCGAGGCUCAGAGCAGCAGAGGGACUCGCCCUCAGUCGCGACCCCGAGGAACAGCUCUCCGCCCCAAUAUUCCCACUGCAGCUCCAGCUGCCUCUAGCGCCCCAGACAGACCAGCGGGAGCAGAGGCAGCGACACCUUCCCCUGCACCUUCUUCCUUAUCAGAGUCAUCAUCAGCCGCCGGGCUACCUCCUGCUUCCGGUCCGUCGUCCGUUGAGAGUUUCACAGCACCCUCCUCUACAGAGGCCAGGCCGAGGAGGCAGGCCACUACGACAGCGGCCACCUCCGAGACGACGCUUUCUGAGUACGGCCCUCAUCGGCUGCCCAUAAGUUUAGUAUGUAGGCGUUUGCAGAGGUUGCUCCGCCUGGCUGAUCCCCCUGGACAGGGGCGGCAAGCGGCCCUUUCUUCCUCUACUUCUUCCUCUGCCUCUGCACCCCCAGAGGGACAGUCGCAAAGACUGACUGCCACUGCUACUCCUGAGACGCAUCCCCAUACAGAUUCCCCUUCGUCUGUGGUAAACAAGCAGCUGGGAUCCAUGACUCUCGAUGAGCAGCAGGGAGGAGCGUCCGUGUCACGGCCCGAUGACGCUCCUCUGCCGGCCAUCUGCAGUCAUGCCUCCACCUCUGCUACCAGUCGACCCAGUGCGGCAGAACCGGUGCUCAGCCUGCACUACAGCUCUGAGGGAACCACCACCAGCACCAUCAAGCUGGACUUCACGGAUGAGUGGAGCAGCAGCACAUCCACCUCUCUGGGCAGCGGAGGUCACAAAGUGUCUGACGCAGUGCAGAGUCGAGAGAGUCCAUCCACAGAGAGCUCUGUUCUGGUGCAACCUCCACAGAGUGUGACAACCACGAGCACGGAUUCUGCAUGCAAUGCCUCCUGCUCCAGUGAACCCGCCCAGUCGUCCGCCCUGUGCCCAGCGGAAGGCUCCUCCUCUAAAGUGGGCGUCACGGAGAGGAGUUCUUCUGACCAUCCGGAGGACACCUCUGGGGGCUGCAGGAGACAGGAACCCCGGGAAGGGGAGGCGAGGACGGAGGUUGCGGGGGGGCAGAGUCAACCGGCGCGGGGGAACCAGGACUCUGACGACAGCGAUGACGACCCCAUCCUCAUCCCAUCAACACGUUUCCGAGGACAGGGCCAGAGAUUAAAUUCCAGAGGAUCUGCAGUUGGAGAUAGAAUGAUCAGACGCUCGGCCGCCGCCCGCAUCCAGGAGCUGUUCCGUAGGAGGAAAGAAAGAAGGGAGAUGGAGGAGAGCGAGACGCAGAACAUCAGGAGGCCCUCUGUUAAAAUGGUGUACAAGGGCCACCGCAACUCCCGCACAAUGAUUAAAGAGUCCUGCUUCUGGGGCAACAACUUUGUGAUGAGCGGCUCAGACUGCGGCCACAUCUUUAUCUGGGACAGGCACACGGCCGAGCACCUCAUGCUGCUAGAGGCCGACAACCACGUGGUCAACUGCCUGCAGCCGCACCCUUACGACCCCAUUCUGGCCUCCUCGGGGAUCGACUAUGACAUCAAGAUCUGGUCGCCGCUGGAAGAGUCGGCGUCUUUCAACAGGGUGCUCGCUGAUGAGGUCAUCACCCGAAAUGAGCUGAUGCUGGAGGAGACGAGGAACACAAUCACAGUGCCCGCGUCCUUCAUGUUGCGAAUGCUGGCGUCCCUCAAUCACAUCCGAUCAGAUCGUCUCGAAGGCGACCGCUCUGAAGGUUCAGGCCAAGAAAACGAGGACGAGCAGUAAAAUUGAUCAAUUAAUCCUCUUUUUUUUUUUUUUAAAGAACACAUUUUUUUUUUGUUGCAGAACACUUCUUGAGAUUUGUACAAGUGUAGAAUACUUCCUUUUGAUGUCAUUUAUAGCCCCGCACCCCAAGCUGUUUUUUUUAAAGACUUUCUUACCAAUGUUCAUGUACAAGGGUGAACUCCAUGUGGGUAAAUGUGUGCGAGUGAACGCAAAAGUGUGUCUUAUACAUCAGCUAUGAGAGGUGAGUGGUGUGCAAGAUUGUUAAGUGCAAUAUUAUUAUUAUUAUUAAUAUUAGGAGCGAGUUGGCGCAUACGAUUGACAAUUGUUUGUGUUGAAUUCCAAGCGAUGUAAACAAAAGGUACUUCAUACUUUGUGUCCGUGGGAAAAUAACCUAAAGAACAAAAGCAAUUAUGACUCGCCCCCAAGUGUUGAUGUAAUAAAUUAAUCUUUUACAGAAUUUUGAAGAAAAAAAAAACAACAAAUAAAGGAACAGGGCAUCUCAAAGAUGUCUGCGUGACAAA